AUGGAGCCGCAUAACCUGGAGGCGGCGUCGACCUACGUUAAUAAUAUCCUUCUGGCCCGGGGGCUGUUGAAGAGUGGCAGGCCGAUCGAUUUCGCCCAGCCAGAAAAUGAAGAAGGGGGGGUUGCAACAACAAUGGGGAGGAUCAUCAAUCUAGUGAACGAUCUGGUUUUAAGAAGAGAUCGCGAAGCUGAACAUCGAGAGAAUUUGGCGACUACGAUCCGAACACUACGUGCAGAAGAGUCGCAGAAGACGAUCGAUAAUGAGAAGCUCAAGGCGAAGACGUCCGAAUUGACUCGGUCGCUGGCAUUGGCAGAAGCCCAGGAACGGGCUCUAAAGUCCAAUGUGUCAAGUGCCGACUCUACAAUCCGGAGUUUAAAGGAUCAAGUGCAGCGGAUUAAGACCAUCCUCCAACAGGUCCGCGCACAAUGUGCCAACGACAUUCGCAAGCGAGAUUUGGAGACGCAAAAGUUGAAAUCCCACCUGGCCGAGCGGCAGAGGGGCAAGCGGGAAGGACUGGGGGUAACAACCAUCAACAUCAAUCCCGCAGUCGAACGCGCGUCCAAGACGAGGUAUCCGACAGGUGGGGAUGGGGUCCAUGAUCCGGGGUACAGUCUGAAGCAGGAGACGAACGACUUUCUUACGGAACUGUGCCAGAAUUUGAGCGACGAAAACGAUUCUUUGAUAAUCCUCGCGCGCAACACCGUUCAAACCCUGAAGGAUCUCCAAGGUCUAUCUCAAGCCGAGGAGGAAGAAUCGUGCUCGACCGGAGCGGCAAGCUUGGGAACGCAGAGGUCUUCCCAUGGGCCCGUCACGACACUUCCUUCGUCCUGUGAGGAAUUGUCCGAUCAGAUGGACAGAGUGCUGGGACACCUGAGAACGUUGCUUACGAAUCCAUCCUUCGUACCUCUGGAAGAAGUCGAGGUACGCGAUGAGGAAAUUGCGCGACUCCGCGAGGGCUGGGAAAAGAUGGAGACCCGAUGGAAACAAGCUGUGACCAUGAUGGACGGGUGGCAUAAACGCAUUGCUGAUGGAGGCGGCUCGGUGCAGGCCGAAGAGUUGCGCAUGGGCAUGACACUUGAUCUCAGCAUUGAUCCGUCGCGCGACAGAGUGAUGGACGCCGAGCGAGACACAUGCAUACAGUCACCCAUUUUCGAAGACCAGGAAGCUGAGAAUGAGGAAGAGGAGGCAGACCAGGCGGCUCAAGAGAAUGACGACCGACCGGCCACUCAAGCCGCCAGUCAGUCUCAGACACAUGAAGAGAAGUCUCAGAAGGCCUCCACCCGUGCGCUCAAAGAACGAAGCGAUAAUAUUCGGUCUGGCCGGUCACCCCGUAAAGUCUCCUUUACACCUGGAUUGCAGGGGUCGCCCUGUGGGUCUCACGGCGAGGAUGACGAGACAUUGCAGGUCAAGGCCCACCGAUCAGAAGCUGUUACGCAUCGACCGUCGAAGAGACGACCAGAAACCAAGACGACUCGUCCCCCGGGGGCCGAAACUUCCACCCGACUGAGUGUUUCGCAGAAGCUCGCCGCCGCGGAGAGCGAAGCCAGAGCUGCUGAGCAAGCUCGCAAAGAAAGAGAAAGCCGCAAGAGAACCCGGGGAGGCAAAAUCUCAAAACCGAGUAGUGAUCGACGACGGAGCACACUGACCAACGACGAACUCGGGGAGCUGAUGGGGAUGCCCACGAGGUGA